AUGGAGCUCAAGGAGAACACCAUCAUCGUGGUCCUUGGUGCCUCCGGAGACCUGGCCAAGAAGAAGACCUUCCCGGCCCUGUUUGGUCUUUACCGCAACCAAUUCCUCCCCAAGGAUACCAAGAUCGUCGGCUAUGCGCGCACAAAGAUGGACCACGACGAGUACCUCAAGAGGGUCAAAUCUUACAUCAAGACCCCAACCAAGGAUAUUGAGCGGCAACUCGAGGAAUUCUGUGAGGCGUGCUCCUAUGUCUCUGGCCAGUACGACAAGGACGAGUCGUUCAACGAGCUCGACGCCCACCUGAAGAAGCUCGAGCAAGGCCGCAACGAGGCCCACCGCGUCUUCUACAUGGCCUUGCCGCCCAGUGUCUUCACCAUAGUCUCCCAGCACCUCAAGAAGUGCUGCUACCCUACUAACGGCAUUGCUCGCAUCAUUGUCGAGAAGCCAUUUGGUAAGGACCUGGCCAGCUCUCGGGAGCUCCAAAAGUCUCUGGAGCCCGACUGGAAGGAGGACGAAAUCUUCCGCAUCGAUCACUACCUCGGAAAGGAAAUGGUCAAGAACAUUCUGAUUCUCCGAUUUGGCAACGAAUUCUUUGGCGCGACAUGGAACCGCCACCACAUCGACAAUGUCCAAAUCACAUUCAAGGAGCCCUUUGGAACUGAGGGCCGAGGUGGAUACUUUGACGAGUUCGGCAUCAUCCGCGACGUCAUGCAGAACCAUCUGCUCCAAGUCUUGACUCUCCUGGCGAUGGAGCGCCCCAUCUCGUUCUCUGCUGAGGACAUCCGCGACGAGAAGGUGCGCGUGCUGAGGAGCAUCCCGCCCAUUGAGCCCAAGAACGUCAUCAUUGGCCAGUACGGAAAAUCCCUGGACGGCACCAAGCCCUCGUACAAGGAGGACGAUACUGUCCCCAAGGACUCCCGGUGCCCGACCUUCUGCGCGCUCGUUGCCUACAUCAAGAACGAGAGGUGGGAUGGUGUGCCUUUCAUCAUGAAGGCUGGCAAGGCGCUCAACGAGCAAAAGACUGAAAUCCGGAUUCAGUUCAAGGACGUUACUAGUGGUAUCUUCAAAGACAUCCCCCGGAACGAGCUCGUCAUGCGCAUCCAGCCCAACGAGAGUGUAUACAUCAAGAUGAACUCCAAGCUGCCUGGACUGAGCAUGCAGACCGUCGUCACAGAGCUUGACCUGACCUACCGGCGGCGAUUCUCUGACCUCAAGAUUCCUGAGGCUUAUGAGUCCCUGAUCCUCGACGCCCUCAAGGGCGACCACUCCAACUUUGUCCGAGACGACGAGCUCGACGCCAGCUGGAGGACAUUCACGCCGCUCCUCCACUACCUGGAUGACAACAAGGAGAUCAUCCCUAUGGAGUAUCCCUAUGGCUCUCGGGGUCCGGCCGUGCUGGACGACUUCACUUCAUCGUAUGGCUACAAGUUCAGCGAUGCUGCUGGCUACCAGUGGCCGCAGACCUCGGCCGCUCCUCCCAACAAGUUGUAA